UAUUCCUCCGAUUUAUUGCACACAAGUAUUGUCUGUCACAUAAUUUGGAACCGCUGGAGCAAGUAUUGGGGGCUGUUGAAGUGCUGUUACAUCGCAAGAACGCUGGCCUUUUGUCCAAGUCUUGUUUGUCUCAUAGCCUAAAUUGUGGCAUCAGUUGAUGAAGUCGCUAUACAAGCCAAGGGUUCUACUUACUCGCCCCGUGUGAUGCCUAUAAGCCAUCUUCAGAAGGCCUGUAGCAUCUGCAAAGCUUGAAAUUCUCCGUCUUCCCAGUCGACUGGCUAUAGGAGCCAACAUGUCCACUAGAGCAUUCUGGCCUGGCGGAAAUACGCCCAGCGCUCCAGAGAGGCCUACUGCCACAGUUCUUUGGGACUAUCAGAAUUGCAUCCCACUCGUUCGAAUUCCCAGCUGGGACAAACCUGUCACUCUUAUAACCCCUGUCGUGGUACCACCUGCUGGUAAUGAUCCCGCUGAUAAUAGGGAUCCUUUUGAGAUAUUCGGCCAGUCGCUUACUAGUCGAGAUAUCCCCCUACGGCAUGUUCCAUACACCAAAAACCAGGGUAUUACUGGUGUCCAUGUGGCCUUCAUCAGAAGAUCAAAGGUCGUUAUCUUUGUGAUUAGUCAUUUGGACGGUCCUGGGUUCCCGCUCCAGCUGGGAUUUGCUGAGCUUGUGGCACAGAUAUGCGAAUCGCGACCUCUCAUAAUCCUUGCUUGCUGUCCUGUUGCCGGCCACAACAUCCCCAAUGCCUAUUUCAGGACGCUGGUACACGUUGCCGGAUAUGCCAACCCUGAGCUGCUGAUUGCAGCCAACUUGUGUCUUGAUGGCGGCGCGGGCUUCACAGCGCCAUAUGCAAACAUGUCUAUACAGAAUAUGCCUAACCAAUUAUUGGAUGCCGAAUCUGCAUGGCCAGUCCUGCCCUGGGUUGCCGAACGAGAUCUAUUGGAAACAUGCGCACUCUGGCAAGAAUGCCUUCCCUACCCGUUUCAUCUCAACCCAGCAACUCUAGAGUCUCUUUUGAAGAGAGAUGGCUACGCACUGCACUAUGUUGUACGAGAUCCGGUUCAUGGAUCAUUGGUUGGGUUUUGUGCGGCAUUUGCCACUUUCGCAGACAGCUUCGAUGUUGCUCUGGUAGGCUCUAUUGCCGCCGUCAUUGUGCAAACCGCCUACAGAGGACGAGGAAUUGGCUCAUUACUCUAUAAUGCCGCCAUCAGCAGGCUCCAGAGCGUCAGAGGUGUGCGAAGACUGCACCUGGGGUCGACAUUUCCUCGCCUGCUCUGCGGCGUGCCGGUCGAUAUGGGUUAUGUGGACCAGUGGUUCGAGAGAAGAGGCUGGCCUGUCAGCACGCAAGGCCACCAAGGCCAGGGUGGCCUUGUCGCAGACUGGAUUCUUCGAUUCUUGGACCUACCAAGCAUGACAGUUUAUUCCACUGGCCUGGGAUUCAGGCAGUGCGUCGAUGGCGAUGCCGAGCAAGUGUUGAGCGUCGAGCAUCGCCAGCCUGCGACAAGUACUCACAGCCAUGGCUGGUAUGAUCUGUAUGCGCAGACAUUGAGACAAGGAUAUAUAGGCGAUGUCAUCGUUGCAUAUGAGAACGACACAAUAGUGGCUACUGCCAUCAUUUACACACCUGGCGCACAGAGUCCAGCGGCAGUUGAUAUACCCUGGCCGGCAACAUUGAGCAGCAGCAUCGGUGGAGCAACUUGCAUAUGCAUCAAAGGUGAGUCCAAGCUCUUCUCCCCCCCUCUCUAUUAUGCGUCAUGUUACAUCGAUACGUAUCCUUUGGCAGCUUUGUUUCAUUGCUAA